AUGCGCAGGCCGAUUACAGAGCUGGAUAUGUUUGAGUGGUCUUCUGGAAUAAGAGUUGCAUACUGUGUUGAUGCGCCAUUGCCCGAUAUUCUUUCACCUUUUCGAAGAACAUUUUCUAAAGUUGUCACGAAAUACUGUCAUAAUACUACUGCGUGCAACAUCAAGAAGCAGUUAGUAUUCGGGCCAGAACACAUUAUGUUCGUAGAAGGUUUUCCAAGGAGAGAAUAUGGAACAAUUCAUAUCAAAUUUUACGUCGUCUUUCCACAUAACACCGAAGCUGUGACAAAGCAACCUAGGCCACUUUUGCCACGAGCUGUUUUAUCCGACAUUAUUUCUAAGCAUCUCCCGGAGAUUUCUAAUCGACUCGGCUGGUCGAUAAUUAGUUAUGAGAAGUAUCCCAGAUUCGACUCCAUGACGGAAUUUAUGAACAUUGCAAUUAUUCCAAUUGUAAUUUUCUCCGUUCCCCUAAUGAUUUUCUUGGCAUACUGGACCUCUUCGUUUCGGCCAAAUUUGAGUUCUGAGGCAUGGCUAGUAACGGGAGCUACAGGGGGCAAGAACGCAGCACUUAGAAGAACCAUGGAAAUUAUCGCAGAACAAAAUGCAGAGAUUGACAGACAAAAUCGUCUAGAACUUACAAAGCACAUGAUUAUCACUGGAGGACAUGAGGGAAUAACUACAACUGGUCAACUUCUUCUUAACGUUGCCAGCUUUCGGAAACACAGCCGGCGCCAAUCGUCAGUUGAGGAGUUCAAGCAGUUGAGGCGAGCCAGAGGUUCUCGAUCACACUCACAGACGAAGCCGUGGAAAGCUGGAAGUCUAAUGCUUGGAGGUUUUGCACGUAGAAACUAA